GAGCCCAUGUACAUUUUCCUUUCCAUGUUGGCCCUCACAGACCUUGCCUUAUCAAUAACCACCAUACCGACGAUACUGGGCAUAUACUUGUUUAACUCUAGGGAGAUCAGCCUCGAUGCCUAUUUAGCCCAACUCUUCUUCAUCCAUUUGCUUCAAUACAUUGAAUCCUCUGUGCUGUUGCUGAUGGCCUUUGACCGCUUCAUCGCGAUCCAUAACCCACUGAGAUAUGCUUCCAUCUUAACCCUGCCGAGAAUAGCCAAGAUGGGACUGGUGUCUGUGCUAAGAGUGAUGGUCCUAAUAUUUCCACUUCCCUUUCUCCUGAAACGGUUCCGAUACUGUCAUGCCAAUGUCCUCUCCCAUUCCUACUGCCUGUACCAGGAGGUCAUGAAGAUGGCUUGUUCGGAUAUCACAGUCCACAGCAUCUAUGGAUUGUUUACUAAACUCUUCCAGAUGGGGUUGGACUCACUGCUUAUUUUCCUCUCUUAUGUGAUGAUCAUCAAAACAACAGAACGCCACCAGCCGAAGGAAAGCUGA